CGGCAACAUGACAAUACAAGUUGUAGUUGCAUAAGUGGGCGAGGCGAGGAAAAGUAUUUCGUUUGUGAACUCUGAGCUGCUGGUUAAAGGCGAGAUGAACUUGCAGGAGUAUUUUCAGAGGAUUGGUUUUCACGGCGCUCGCUAUAAGGCCGACCUGGAGACGCUGAAGGCGAUCCACAAGCUGCAUGUCAUGUCCAUCCCAUUUGAAAACCUCAGCAUUCACUGCGGGGAGUGGAACAUCAUGGAUCUGGAGAUCAUUUUCAACAAGUUGGUGAGGAGCAAACGUGGAGGCUGGUGCCUGGAGAACAACUACUUGUUUGGAUGGGUGCUGCGGGAAAUGGGCUUCAGCACCACGACUCUGAGCUCCAGAGUUUUUAAUAGUGUUCUCGAUGACUUUGGUCCUUUUGAUUCUCAUUUGAUCAACAAAGUUAUCAUUGAUGGGGAGGCUUUUAUAGCUGAUGUAAGUUUUGGGGUGUCGUGCCAGAUGUGGGAGCCGCUGGAGCUCAUCUCUGAGAAGGACCAGCCUCAGCCGGCGGGUGUCUUCCGACUCAUCGACAAGGGAACCAUGUGGGUGCUGGAGAAGACGUUUCACAAACCAAAAAUUCUUAAUCCAGAAUUUUCCGGAUCAAGUUUGGUAAACAGGAAGGAGAAAAAGACAAUCUACCGCUUCACGCUGGAGCCUCGCGACGUGGGGUAUUUUCUGGACGUAAGCGACAGACUCCAGAAAGACCCCACGUGUCUGUUCACCAACAAAUCCAUCUGCUCCCUGCAAACGCCAUCCGGGUUCAGAGUUCUGAUGGGAUGGACCUUCAGUGAGGUCACUUACAAACCCGAGGAGGGAAUCGAAGUCAUAGACAUGAGGGACGUACCCGAUGACGAGAUAGAAACCGUUCUGAGGGAACGCUUCCACGUUGAGCUCUCCAGCAAACUGAAGCCAGUGAACAACAAAUCAUUUUACACAAUCUAAAAAAAGGAUUUGUAAACAAGAACUCUCAACUUUUUAACUCAAUAAUUAUUUUAAAUCAGAGUUGUAAAACAAUAAAAUCAUUGUAGUAGAAUUUUAGGUGUUAAAGAAAAAUGACAUCUGUAUUUUGGUGUUGCACCAAUCUUAAAACUUUUUGCAUUAUUUGCCUAGUUAAAGUGUUUAUGGCAAAAAAAAGUAUUUUAUGAAGUUAUUUUUGUUUUAUUUCUUGUCUUUUCAAGUAAUGUUUUAAGUCUGUUAGAAAUAAGCUGAGUCAUAGACAUAAUUUUAGUGAAUUUAGUAUUUAUGUUUAUGAAUCACCAAUUCAUGUUAGAAGUAACUUAUUAGAGAUGAAUCACGUUAUUUCUAUUUUCAUGUGAAGUUUUAUGUUAUAAAAUAAUAUUUUGCAUUGUUUCAGAUUUGAAAAACCUUCAACUGACACAAACUAACUUUUUCUGUUUUGUUUUCAGUCCAAGUUAAGGAGCUAAUAAAAGAAUAAAUAGAAUGCUGACUGUUUUAUGAAUGUUUUUUUUUAAUAAAACUGAUGUUUAGUUUUGGAAUAAAGUUAAUUUACUAAUUAUUCAUGUUUCAGUGUGUUUAGUAUUUUGUGAAACUCACUUGCUCACUUUGUUUUCUAGGUCGUUUUGAUUUUUACAUCCUGAUUUUGGAAUUGCUGCACAAAGUCAAAUCCAUCUGAUGAAUACAUACAACAAUAAACUUGAUUCCUGAUUAAAAAAUUGAAUUAAAGUUGCUAACUCAUGACUGAAUUUAUUUCCAGUUAUAUUUAAAUAUUUUGCAGUGUUUUAUUUCCAUUAAAGAUGUUAGAAAAAGAUGAAAGAUGAAGAAAAAGAGCCUAAAAGUAUUGUUUGAAUAAUAUUUUUUGGCUUUUGCCUGUGUUCUUUCUGUACAUCGUCUGUAUUUAUGGUUCUUAAUAAAAAUGUGUAUUAAAACAUGUGAUACGUUUUUGUCUUCUGUUUUUUCAGUGAACAAAAAACAAAUAGAAAACUAAAAAAUAGACAUUGUAACUGAAAAAAAA